UAGUCAAUAAUGAAUUGUUACUCUCACUAUGCGCCACCAUUUAUUCUUCUACGUAUAUGAAUUCCGAGGGGCCAGUGCUCUCAUGUUGUGUUUCUCACUCACUGUUAUCAGAAUUUUAAGUUUGAGAAGGUGAAAAGAGAUGGAUUACCUGAAUCAUUUUCUGUGGAUUUUGGUUUCAUGUGCAUUUUUCAAAAUGUGUUCAUGGAUUACUAAAUCUUCACAUGCAAAUCUUCCACCUGGUCCGGUUUCUUUACCAAGCAUUGGAAACCUUUUUCAGCUCGGAAAAAAGCCUCACAAAUCACUGACUCGGCUUGCUGAAAUUUACGGACCCUUAAUGUCAUUAAAACUCGGUUCUAUAACCGCAGUUGUCAUUUCUUCUUCAACAAUAGCCAAAGAAAUUUUUCAAAAGCAUGAUCAAUCUAUUUCAAGUCGAAUCGUCCUAGAUGCAGUUAAGGUAUGUGAUCAUCAUAACACUUCAAUGAUAUGGUUACCUGUUUCUCCUCAAUGGAAAAAUCUUAGAAAAUUAGCAAAUUCACUCAUUUUCGCACCUCAAAAGCUUGAUUCAGAUCAACACUUAAGGCAGCAAAAGUUAAAUGACCUUAUUUGUCACGUUCGCGGAAGCGCGAGCUCUGGCUCUGUGGUUGACAUUGGUCAAGUUGCUUAUACUACCGCUCUAAAUUUGCUAUCAAAUACUUUCUUUUCAGUUGAUUUAGCUGGUUUCAGUUCAGAUUUUGAUUCCACUUUUGAAGCUGCUAUUAGAGGAGUAAUGACGGAAGUAAGCAAGCCAAAUUUUUCUGAUUAUUUUCCGAUUCUUAGAUUUUUGGAUCUACAAGGCUAUAGACGUCGUAUGAAGAACCAUUUUGGAGUACUGCAUGAGAUAUUUGAUAGGAUAAUAGAUCAGAAACUAUUGUCACAGCCCGAGGAGCGUAGCAAUUCAAGAGACAUUCUUGACAUGAUUCUCGAUCCAUGCACUGAUGGGAUUAAACUUGAACGGCAUGAAAUAAGAGCUAUACUUAUGGACUUCUUUUCUGCCGGAAUAGAUACUGCCUCAUCCACAAUAGAAUGGGCAAUGGCUGAGUUAAUUCGUAACCCAUCUAAGAUGAAAAAGGCUCAACAAGAGCUUUCAAACAUCAUAAGUAAGGAUCGACCUAUCGAAGAAAAAGAUAUCACUCGACUUCCUUACUUGCAGGCGAUUGUUAAAGAAACUUUACGUCUUCAUCCACCAGCUCCACUAUUAGUUCCUCACAAAGCAGAAAUUGAUGUUAAGUUCCAUGAUUUCGUUAUCCCUAAAGGUACCCAAGUACUUGUCAAUUUUUGGGCAAUCGGUCGAGAUCCUACCAUGUGGAAGGAGCCAACUUCUUUUCAGCCUGAGAGGUUUUUAUCUUUAAACAUUGAUUACAAAGGCCAAGAUUUUGAGUUCAUUCCAUUUGGAUCUGGACGUCGGAUGUGUCCUGGUUUACCUUUAGCACAUAGGAUGGUACAUUCAAUGUUGGGUUCACUUCUACAGUCAUUUGACUGGAAAUUAGAAAAUGGGUUGAACGCAAGAGAUUUGGAUAUGGAGGAAGAAUUUGGGAUUACAUUAGUGAAGGCCAAAGGUCUCCAAGCUAUUCCGAUUACUAGGUUAUAAUAUAUUAUGUAAUUUGGGUAUGUAUCAUGUUACAUGUAAAUUGGAGCUCUAGAUGAUUGCAAUUCGUGAUUACCUGUAACAAGGUUAAUUUGAUACAUUAUCCUAUAAAUUGUUUCAAAUGUACUCUGGAGUAUGAUAAAAGUUAUUGUUUCAUAAAUAUGACUUUCACU